AUGGCUGUCGUAAAUUAUACAUUUUUUAAUUGUUUUAUUUUACUCUUAACACUAUUCAAUAAUGACGUCGAAAGUUAUCGUGCCGUUGUCGUUAUUCAUGGUGUGCUCACUGGAAGCGAAAGCAUGGAAGUUAUCAGCAAUAGAAUUGAAGAAAUGCAUCCAGGGACCCAGGUUUAUAAUACUCCGAGAUACGCUGGAUGGAGUAGCCUGGAACCUAUGUGGCAGCAAGUGAAAGAAAUAGGAACGGAUGUGAUAUCUGUGGGCGCAGCAUUUCCCGAGGGAAUAAAUUUAGUGGGAUACAGUCAAGGUGGUUUAUUAGCCAGAGCGAUACUGCAAACAUUUCCUGAUCAUAAUGUUAAGAACUUCAUUUCACUGAGUUCACCGCAAGCGGGACAGUAUGGAACUAAAUUUUUGCAUUUAUUUUUCCCUAAUUUAAUAUGCGAAUCUGCUUACGAAUUGUUCUACUCGAGAGUUGGACAACACACUAGCGUUGGGAAUUAUUGGAACGAUCCUCAUCAUCAAGAACUAUAUUAUAAAUAUAGUAAAUUUCUUCCAUAUGUUAACAAUGAGAAAAACUCAACAAGCAGAACAAUGCCGAUGUCUGAAGGUCUUACCAAACUAAAACGCAUGGUACUUAUCGGCGGACCAGAUGAUAACGUUAUUACGCCGUGGCAAAGUAGUCAUUUCGGAUAUUACGACGUUAACGAAACUGUGAUAGAUAUGCGUGAUAGGAGUGUUUAUAAGGAUGAUUUAAUAGGACUGAAAACACUGGAUGAAAGUGGAAGGCUAACACUAAUCACAGUUCCUCAUGUUCCUCACUAUGAGUGGCAUAGAAAUCAAUCUAUAGUAGAUAACUUUUUACUGCCAUAUUUAGACUAAUUAUCUCCAUGCUAGAUUAGAUAGUUAAUUGUUGCCAUAUGACGGAGGAGGAAACUCUAAAGGUUAAAGAUCUUAGUGGAUCAUGACAUU